UAAUGAGGUAAUAAGGUACAGGUAAAGUGAGUCAUGCGGAAUACCACACUCUAUAGGAAGUGUUCUCCAUCUUGACGGCGUUUAUUUUACAAGUUCUCGAUUGUUGAGAGCCCACGGCGCAUUAUUCCUUGAUUGUUAUUGUAUAAUGUCGCUUUAUCUAAUUUCACUCCAUUAAAUAACAAUGGAUGAUAGGAUGUGAAGAGAAAGAAGGGUGACUGUCAGGGAGUUGGGUAGACAUGUUUGGCGGUUUGUCCAAACUGUUUGGGAGUUGUGGACGACUUCUGUGGAGUGACUCGACGGAGCCUCCCAGCAGUGGUUAUGACAUGGUGAACAAGGAGGACGACUCGGCCAUUCUCAACGAGUUCUCGCCUGAGGAGGAGCCAUUGUCCCCUGAGGAUAUUGUGGUGUCCCAGCCUAUUUGGUUGGGAAGGACUGAUAACAUUGUGAAGAAUAAGUCCACACCUAAUCUGAAAGCUGCCUCUCUAUCAAAUGGAGCUGGGAGUAUAUACCAGCCAACAACUUUAUCUGGCAUCAGGUCCAGUAAAUCUUCUGAAAAUGUGUCGGUAACUAGUACUUCACAGAAUAUGAAACCCUCUGGUAGUCCCAAGUCUUCAGUUGUACGCUCGAAUCCAAAGAAAGGACACUCUGUUCAUGUUUCACAUUCCCCAUCUGUGUUCUCAAGUCCAAUUGUCAAAUCUGGAAAUAUGAAUCUUCCCAAGCCCUCGGGUUCUCGGAACACUUACAAAAUGUCGAAAAAACAAAAAUCGGAAGAAGUGAAACUUCAGAUUGUGUCUGUUGUUUGAGAGGGUAAAACAAGAAGGAUUUGUUUUGAAGAUGCUUCAAAAUGGUGCCAAAGAAGUAAUUUAGUUGUUUUGUAGAAAAAAAAAAGAGCAUGCUUUUAUUGCUUAAUUGGUAGAGUAUGCCUGCUCAGGUUUAAUAAAUCAAAGCUUUACCUAGAGUUUCGAAAAAGAAAAAAGUUUCUAUUGAAUUUUGUGUCAUAUGCUAGAUUCUUGCAGAUUUUUAAUUCAUGAUCAUAGUCUAUUGUUUUCUUUCUUCCCUUGAAGGAAAUGGGAAAUUGGUGUUUCUUUCCAAACAAAAUGGAAUCUCACAAGAAGUUUUAAUUUUUUCCAUUGUUAAAAAGUAUUUUUUUUAUCAUGGGAGUGAAAGAAAUGCUCCAUCUUUUACAGAUGAGAUUUUUUUAACAUUUUAAAAAUCUGUUGAACCAGUACAGGUGUUCUUGUUGGUGGAAUUUGUGAGAAUUCUUUUUCUUACUUUGUAAUGCAUUUUUAAGUGAACAUUUUUAAACCAAAGUAAUUGCCUUUGAAAGCUUUUAUGUGCAUAAUGCAAGAAAGGGGCCUUCUGUUAACUUACUCUUAUUAACAAGUGUGCACUAAU